AUGGCGGUCUCAACUCCAGAUGCUACAAGUUCUGCGUCCGCGUUUGUGACCACAUUUCUAUUCAAUGGGAUUAUAGCUCUUCUGUUUGUGCUAUUGUUUUUGACUUUACGUCCUAAAUAUCAAAGAGUCUAUCAACCUAGAUCUUUACCGGAUGUCAAUACGGUGAGGGAUCCCGAACGGACCGAUGAGGUGCCCGAUGGAUAUUUUUCAUGGGUCGCCUAUUUGUUCACGAAACCGCACUCUUAUCUCAUCCAGAAUAUGAGUCUGGAUGGAUAUUUUUUUGUCCGUUAUUUGAUUAUCUUUGGGAGUUUAUCUCUGAUAGGGUGUGUGAUUUUGUUCCCUAUUCUAUUGCCAGUCAAUGCAGUUAGAGGUCGUCGUUUUAAAGGUUUUGAGCGUUUAGCGUUUUCCAAUGUGACUAAUAAGAAUCGUUUUUUUGCCCACGUAUUUCUGUCCUGGCUUUACUUUGGAAUUCUGAUUUAUACGAUCUACCGUGAGUUGUACUAUUAUGUUUCUAUGCGACAAGCGAUACAGACGACUCCUUACUAUAACUCACAGGUCGGAUCUAGGACGUUGAUCCUUACGGAGUUUUCGCCCCCUUCCAACGGUAAAAGCGGAGGUAUCGGCGAUGAUGAAGAAGAAGCCAUCCUUAGAAGCACCUUUAAAGGUGUUCAAUAUGUGGUGCUUGCUAGAGAUCAUAGCGAAUUGCAAAAGCUUGUUAGGGAACGUGCCAAGGUGACCAAAAAGUAUGAAUCCGCGUUGAAUAAAGUGGUUAACAAGAGUGUUAAAGUCCGUAGAGGUGCAGAACUAGAUGGUAAUGCUUCUACUACCACUAGUCGUUUCCCACAUCCAGAAAAAUCUGACGACGACUUUGAAAAAUAUCUUAAAAAGAGACCUACCCAUGGGCUCGGUAAGAUUCCUUUGAUUGGAGAUAAGGUGGAUACGUUAGAUUACUGUCCAAACCAAAUCGGUAAACUUAAUAGUGAAAUCAAGUCUAAGCAGGACAACUGGACUAGUGACAAAAAAGCCGGUACUUGUUUCCUUGUUUUUGAAUCCCAAAAGGAUGCACAACUUGCUUAUCAAACCACACCUGCUGUUUUGAAACGUAGUUCCUACGAUAAAAGGUUGAUUGGUUAUGCUCCAGAGGAUAUUUGUUGGGAAAAUUUGGAUACAAGUAAGGCCAUUAGAAAGUCCAAAAGAGCCAUUGGAAAUGCGAUAUUGACCGCUAUGAUUAUCUUUUGGGCAAUUCCUGUUGCAGCUGUUGGUGCUAUCUCUAAUAUCAACUUUUUAACUGAGAAGGUUCACUUUUUACGUUUCAUCAAUAAUAUGCCAUCUUCCUUAAUGGGUAUCAUUACAGGUUUGUUGCCCUCAAUUGCGUUGGCAAUAUUGAUGUCGCUAGUUCCUAUCUUUAUUAAAAAAGUUGGCCGUAUUAGUGGGUCUGUUACUAGACAAGACACAGAAUUAUAUUGUCAAGGAUGGUAUUUUGCUUUUCAGGUGGUUCAAGUGUUUUUAGUGACAACUCUUGCCUCUUCAGCAACCUCUACUGUCAGCGCAGUUAUUGAUGAUCCCGACAAUGCAAUGAUAUUAUUGUCUAACAACAUGCCUAAGGCUUCCAACUUUUACAUCACUUACUUUUUGUUGUUGGGGUUGUUAUUCCCAAGUGGGUUCUUGUUACAACUGGUUACCUUGGUUUUAAGUAUGUUCUUGGGCAAAAUCUUGGACUCCACUCCAAGACAAAAAUGGAACCGUUAUAAUAGACUAUCGUUGCCUCAUUGGGGUGUGAUCUACCCUCUGGUUGAACUAUUGGUUUGUAUCUACAUUACCUAUUCUAUUAUUUCCCCGAUGCUAUUGAUCUUUAGUUCCAUCGCAUUAUGUUUCUUUUCCCUGGCUUACUUGUAUAAUUUGAACUACGUGUACGGUUUUUCAUAUGACUUAAAGGGUAGAAAUUAUGUCAGAGCGUUAUUCCAAAUAUUUGUUGGUUUGUACCUAGCUGAGAUUUGCUUAUUAGGCUUGUUCAUUAUGGCCAAGUCUUGGGGUCCAAUGGUUCUAAAUAUCAUUUUUAUGAUUCUUACGGUCGUGGCUCACUUAUACUUCAAGAGAAGGUUUUUGCCCUUGGUAGAUGCCAUCCCAUUGAGCGUGAUCAACCACUCUGAAGACGUAGGGAAUUUCGUGUAUCCAGCUCGCGAUCAAGGUUUGAGCGAAGUCUUGCAAGCUGGUGACCCAUCCGUCGCCGCCGGUGAUAUUGUAACCGUCACUGGAGAUAAGGUUGUUGGUUUGCUGAGUGGUCUGAGUGGAUCAAAGAACCCCAACUCUAGUGCUGGCCCUCCUAGUUCCUCAGAUCAAAAACAAUCGAGGCUUGUUUCAGGUGAUACUUCAGAAUCUGCCGACAAAGCCGCUGAAACUGCCGCUGAAUCUACUGGCAAGGCUGUCGACGAUUCUCUAGCGCUCUCUGUAUCAAAGCCUAGUUCCCUGCUCGCUAAAAUCAAAGGCUAUUUCAGCCCAAGUACUACCUGUACUUAUCCUCUGGUUAAAAACAGAGUCCCAGAAGCCUACAAUCUCCCUGUUAAUUACGAGUCUGACUACGAAAGACUCGCCUACACGGACCCAUGCGUCACGGAAGCCGAACCAAUCAUCUGGGUAGCAAAGGACCCAAUGGGCGUCUCAACUAAGCAGAUCCAAUUUGCCAGUAAGUUUGGCGUCCAAGUCAAAGAUGAAAAUACUGACUAUGAUGAGAAGGGCAGGUCCGCCUAUACAGGAAACCCCCCAGACUUUGAUCCUACAAAGAAAACUUGA